CCUCUUCUGGUGCAUCAAAUCCACCUAAAUUACUGAAUUGCAUCAAUACUUUCUAUGAGAAACAUAUAAACCCAUUUAUGUUCUUGCACAUAUUGAGAUCAUCUCAUUGCAUCUGAUCGAUGCUGCUUUCCUGAGAAUGCCCACCAAAAUGGCAUCAUGCUGCAAAGAGAAAGCAGUAUUGAUCUCGGUGUAUGUGGAGAAGCCACAAAGGAGGAAGAUCAGUUUACCAGAUCCGAGUCACCGCCCUCAUCAUCACCGCCAUCACUACCGCCACCACCACCUCCACCUUCAUCACCCCAAUGGAGAAAGGCAAAUUCAAAGCCACAGUACUUUUUCUGGCAAAGGAUACAAUAGAAGGGCUGAACUUCUUCAUUACUCCCAGCACCUCCGGGAAUCUGCUCAACCAGCCGCUGAAUCCACAUCCCUACUCCCAGCACCUAUCUCUACAAACAACCACCGAAUUUCAGACAAAACAGUCACUGUCCAGAGAAAAAGAAAAGUGGAGAUGGCUCCGUUUUGUCUUGGAAACUACAAAACCUCGAUCAAAAGGUUCUUACAAUCUUUGAAAAGUUUCCAAGCGAAGAAAGACAGCAAGAAAAGAAAAAAGAAUAGUAGGGGAUCAACGGGCAAUAAAGGACAAUCAGUUACGAAAAGUCUGGAGGUGCCAAAAAAAUGGGCUUUUUGGGCAAAUAUGUUAUCUGCGCUUCGGAAGCAGAGGUGAAUCUCCAUGGUGAUGAGGCUUUAUUUGUGGAAACAAGAGUACUGAAUUGAAAGAACAGUAAAAUUCAUCUUGGACAUGAAGUUAUGAGAGCAUGUAAUUUCAGAUAUUCGACACAGAACAGAAAUUUUUCUUGUGAUUACUAUUUUGUAUGCCUGGUUCAUUGAGAAAUGCCGGUUUCUACUGUCUAUCCAAAGUUUCAACGAGAAUUUUUAGCUUACUGUUGGUAGUUG